AAUACUCUUUCGUUAACGUGUAGACGUACUGGUGUUAUAUGUGUUUUGCAUGGAACAUGGGACGUAUAUUAGGGUACCUAGCGGAUAACUUUAUCGAUAAGCUAUUUCUUAUUUAAUGAAAGUUUGACUGAUCGCAUUAGCUUUGGAGGUUUAUCUUUAUGACUAUAUAGAAAUACAUCUCAAUCGACCAUGAAGCCAUGGAUAUUAGAAGUGUGUUUACUGAUCGCAUACAUGCAACUUAUUUCUGGUUCAGAACCACAUAAAAAUGUCCGACUCGUCGGAGGAUUCAACAAGUACGAAGGGAGGGUGGAAGUCUUCUGGAACGACACAUGGGGUACGAUAUGCGAUGAUCAGUGGGACAGACGAGAUGCCUGGGUGAUCUGUAAAGAGUUGGGUUUCGGUAGUCCUCUUCAGAUCGCUAGCACGGCCCACUUUGGAUCAGGACCUGGUCCUAUCCUGCUGGAUAACUUGGAAUGUAAAGGAACCGAGCCUACCAUACUGAACUGUUCACAUUCUGGGAUAGGUGUCCAUGAUUGCACUCACUUUGAGGAUGCUGGUGUGGCGUGUUCACCUCCAGUUCUAUGCCUCACUUAUCCAUGUAAUCAAGGGAUCUGUGUUGAUUCAGGAGAUACCUUUCAUUGUAUCUGUAUUCCAGGCUUCACAGGCAAGCUCUGCGAUCAAGAGGUGAACUGCACGUUACCAGACCAGGCUCCACUUGGUGCACACUUUGUGUCGCCGCACACUUCUUACUCGUUUAACGAGGUAGUUCGUGUUGCUUGUACGGACGGACCAUGGUCCACCUCGUGGACUUGCAAUCACAAUGGUCAAUGGAACUCACAUUAUAUACCAUGUGCUUCUCUCUCAGCUGCCUACCGUUCAGCUGCUACACACUCCUAUACCAUCAUCGGGAUUGGAUCAGCAUUGGUUGUUAUAGGGGUCGCCGUCUUUAUCUUUGCCAUCUUCAUUUUAAUUCGGCGUAAGCGACAGCGUGGGGUGGAAAGUCUCUAUGAAAUCUCCAACUUGGCUCGCUUGGAUUCUGUCCAAUCAGCCUACCUGACCAUGACAGGAGGUAAUUCCCCGAUGCCAUCUCCAAGACGGACCAGUUCUGUUCUCAGCACCGAUCCUCUCAUCAAAGCUUCCAGAGCCAACAUGGCGCUUCCACCGACCCCAGCAGAUCUCGUCCGCUCACCGCUAUCCGCGCCUUCGCUUUCAGUUCCAAUCUCCGACGGGAAUCACGAGACAGAGACCCGGACCGAAAGACAGAUCGAUAAGGAGAUCGACAAGCGAAUUGCAACGCAGAGUGAAAAGCAGAUCGCAACUCCAAAUGAAAAGCCGAGUACGAAGCCGAGUGAGAAGCCGAGUACGAAGACGACGGUAACGCGGUCGUCUUCGAACGUCGCCGCGCAAAAGCCACCUGUUGCCCCUGCCCGCCCGAAGAAGAACAACGAACAACGCAGCAAGCCACUUUUCAAGUUCCCGCCGCCACCGCCUAUACCCCUGACGCCUGCACCGAACAAAACUUCGCGCGCAGAUGGGACCAUACCGGCUGCAAACGGUGGUAUGAUGCAUAAUGAUAAAAGCAAGCUCUUGUCCAAGCAGAAGAGUCUUGAGGAUGAAACGUCGCUCAUGGUAUGUGCUGAUGAUCGCAAUUCUAUGAGGUCACAUUUUAAUGAUGAACAUGGCAAUGACUACGGCACGAAAGACAAUUUAAACAAACCCGUACAGUCUCCAUAUGCAAGUAUUUAGUGUGAACACUACUUUAAGAAAAUACAAGCAUAUUAUUCACCAUGUAUAAAUAAGGUGCAAGUUUGAAAUGUACUCAUUGAUUGACUGAUUGUUGUAUCAUUGUAUCUCUCUUUAUACAGUACUCGUUAAUGACGAAUGUGUUUUUCUAUUUUCAGCAAAAUGAAUUCCGAUUAGACUUCAUCUCUUGUGCAUCGAUCACACCUUUGCGUAUUGCUGCGUAUUUAUGGCAAGCCGUUUUUACAUUUAU